UCUCUCUCUCUGCACCUUCCCCACGUACGACUUGUUUGUCAAUGUCCAUCUCUCUACCCAACUCACCACCGAAUGUUACGCUGUCUUCAACUCUCCACUUCAGCUGACGUUCCACAUGGCUUUGCCACGCGCUGCUUGAACCUGCGCUCGCCUUUUCUUUCCGCGUAAAGCAGAAAUUGACGACGCAAGAACAAACCCGCUUGCUUCUCCGCAGAAAGAAACCCGAUUCCUCUCCCUCCCUCCCUCUCUCGCUCUUGCUUUCUGGGUCUCUGCACUUUUAGCUCAAGAACCCAGAAAUCAAUGGCGCCGUACGGGUUCUCUCCCUGCAUGCUGUGUGCCCUCUUCUUGAUUCUUUCGGCAUGUGCCUCCAAAACCGCUCCUUUGCCCAACUCCAUCUCAGAUGACACGUUCGAAUCUCGGGCUCUUGCGGGUCGGCAUCUCCUUCAGGCUAAACAAAGUUGUCCAGUGAAUUUUGAGUUCCUGAACUACACGAUCAUCACAGGCAAAUGUAAAGGACCUACUUACCCUGCCAACGUCUGUUGUGGAGCAUUCAAGGAGUUUGCGUGCCCUUAUGUUGAUGUCAUAAACGACCUAACGAAUGACUGCGCUUCGACCAUGUUCAGCUACAUUAACCUCUACGGGAAGUACCCACCUGGCCUUUUUGCUGCCGAAUGCAGAGAAGGAAAACAAGGGCUCGAGUGCCCAGCAUCAGCACCAUCAUCCGUAAUCGCUGACAGUAGCGGGGCUCAAAGCACAUUCCAUGCCCCCCUUCGAUUAGUCCUUUCAAUUGGCUUCAUCAUCCUCGUGUUCCACGUUCUGUUUGGACCACGACUAUAAUCUCUCUUCAUUGUUAUGAUCGUAUUCUUUUUAUAAUAUCGAGAAAUAUAUGAUUGCUGGCCUCUUCAUCUUUUUGUCUUGUCAUGUUUUGGUAAGCGUGUUCUUGAAUGACCUGCCCCUGAUCUGUGCUGGGUUUCCACAUAACUGUUGUUGGAUAUUUAUUGAGUCACUUCGUGAUUAUGUAUACUUAGCUGUAUACCAAUAUGCCAUACUUCUUGAAUUAUCAA